CUUUUUUUUUUUCUACAAUGGAUGAUACACUUGAACAAGUUCGUGCCAAAUGCGCACUUCAACUUGAGACAUAUCAAAAAUGUGUAGAAAAUUAUCCUCAUUCAUGGGACAAAAGCUGUAUGCAACAAAAACAAGCCUUGACAAAAUGCUCUGAAGAAAAUGUUGGUAUUUUGAAAUUCGUCAAGCAACAUUGUUCCAGUCAAAUCAACGCUUAUGAUCAAUGUUUAGCUGCUAAUGCUGAAAAGCCUGAUGAAUGCAUUCAAGCAUUAAGAGACUUGUAUUUAUGUACUGAAGCUGCUUCAGUGACAUAUCGCGAACAACAAAAGAAAUAAAUUUUUAUUUUUUUUUAUU